AUGAAGGGCUCAGCAUAUGAGAUGCAAGCCGGAUCUGCACAUGGUGUCACAGAGGGUUCUGAAUUCAGUCUAUACAACGACAGUCUCAACAUUGAUGACUCACCCCCCCUCUGUGUCUUCGUUGUUGCUUCUGUGGCUCACAUUGGCCCAUUCACCACGACGCUGACGAAACAUACAUCCAGCGCUGCCAUCACCCCUCUUUCCGCAACUUCUUGCAUUUUGCAAACGAAAGCCGGGAAACUGGAGGAUCUUCUAGUGUUUGCUUCACUCGAUGAAAGACUUACCAGAUUGUAUGAGACUCUGGCGAGAAUGAUGGAAGAGUUCCAUCCUGGAAAGAGAAUAGUGUUCGACAUCCUGGACUCACGUCUCGCAGAGUACGGCUUGACGCGUAUGCCUCAUACCGUAGCAAAUGACCCACAGGAAAUUAUUCCGAUCCUUCAUGGCGCUGCUCAUUUCUAUUGGCAUCUUAACCGCGAGGUCAAAAAUGCUCUCGUCGACACCUCCAUUGUCAUUGAAUGCAAUACCCUCAAACGCACAAGUGAUUACUCAAUUUCGGGAAAGGCAAUUUUGAAGCUGACUGGGGACAACCUCUUACAGCUCGACGGUGUCAUUGACAUCAUUGUGUCAGAGGAGACGAUGUACAGAUAUAAAAUUACUAACAACAGCGAUCGCGAUCUCUACAUCAACGCCUUUUACUUCGACAACACUGACUUUAGCAUUCAAACAUACUACCAAUCACCAACAAGUGGUAAAUUCGAAACCUACCCCACCCUCACCCAAGGUGGCAGCUCUCUCACCCUCGGCUACGACUCUGGCGGGGUUAACCCAUUCACCUAUUGCCUAGAGGAAGGCACCAACAUUGACGUGGGGUAUUUAGUAUUCUUCAUUGCCUCAGAGAACAUCAAUCUCUCUACCAUCCUGCAGAAGACGCCGUUUGAGGGUCCGGGACGCAAGUCUGUGCAAGUGAAGCCCGCUGCGGAACCAGUUUACGGCACUAUCUUGGUGCCCAUUGUUCAGCGCCGUUAUCGGGUCCAGGGACAGUGA